AUGGAGGCGAGGAGAUUUGGCGAUGGCGCCAUCGCUCGGCAGCUAUUCUCGAUCAAGGCAAGUGUGGCGGCAUUGAAAUCUUGCACCGGCGCCAGGGAUUUGGAGAGAGGGAGGAGGAUCCACGCCGAUGCGAUCCACACAGGGUACGAUUCCAAUCCUCGUGUGGCGAGUAGCUUGAUCAACAUGUAUGGAAAAUGCGGCAGCGCGAUGGAGGCUCGACGGGUUUUCGAUCGAAUCCAGGACAGGGACAGGGAUGUAGUGGUCUGGACAGCCAUGAUUCUUUGCUAUGCUGAGAAUGGGGAGGGGUUUCUUGCCUUGGAUCUCUUCUCCAAGAUGAUCCGCGAUGGCUUCUCGCCGAAUUCAUGGACUCUGGUAGCUCUUCUCAAGGCCUGCUCGAGCCUGGCAGCGAAAGAACGAGGUGUCCAGGUCGGGGAAAAAUUCGUGAAGGCGGAUUCUUUGGAGAAAGGAAUGGCGAUUCACUCUAGAGUGCUGGGUGAUGAGCUGAGCAACACUUUCGUAGCAAACUCGCUCGUCAACUUUUAUGCCAAGUGUGGGAGCAUGGUGGAUGCAGCCAGAGUUUUCGACAGCAUGAAGGAGCGCGACGUGGUGUCCUGGAACUCCUUGGUUCUCGGGCACGUAGAGAAUGGAGAGCUCGAGCAGGCUCUAGAGGCGAUCACCCGAUGGAUUGAAGACGGCCAAGGUUUUGGAAGUUUCAACCAUCUCAGUUUCGUGGCUGUUUGCAAGGCUUGCAUUGGCUUGGCCGAGAGAGAAGAUGGUCCGCUCCAAGACAACGGUAAGCUUGUCAAGGUGAAGGCUUUAGAGAAAGGCAUGGCCUUCCACUCGCAAGCGUGCUUGUCCGGCUGCUCUUCGGAAGCUCUGCUGGCAGGCACGAUGGUGGACAUGUAUGCCAAGUGUGGAAGCAUGGAAGACUCUCGGCGAGUUUUCAAUGAAAUAGUUUGCGGCCGCGGCGGGGGCAGAAACUCUGCCAUCGAUCUAGUGGUGCCUUGGACUUCACUUGAGAUGGGACUCGUAGAGAAUGGCGAAGCAGGCGUAGCUCUGGAGCUUUUCUAUCAGAUGGUCGACCAUGGACUUACUCCAAACUGCCGAACUUACGUUGCUGCGCUCAAAGCAGGCUGUGGCUGCCUGGAAGCGGUGAAGAGACUCCACGCUGGGAUCUUAAGAUCCGGAAUGCUUGAGAGAGAUUUGCUUCUGGGAAACUGCCUGGUCGACGUUUAUGGCAAAUGCGGCAGCACAGUCGAUGCUCAGCUCGUCUUUGAUGCGGUUCCAACGAGAGAUUCGGUGACUUGGACAUCACUGCUCGCUGGCUACAGCCUCCAUGGCGACGCUCGCCUCGUGUUUGAGUUUCUCCAGGCCAUGCAGGACGAUUCUUGUCGGCCAAAUGCGGUGGCUCUCCUCUGCGUUCUAGCCGCGUGUAGUCGCUCGGGCCUGGUUGACGAAGGGAAGCAGUGUUUGGAGGCGGCUGUAGCAAGGGGUGGUAUUGAGCCAGGGAUUCAACAUUACAGUUGCAUGGCAGACUUGUUGGGACGUGCUGGUGGAGUGGAAGCUAUGGUGGAAGCGAUGCCUCGCUCCUGGGAGGGGAACUCUGUGGCAUGGACGAUGCUACUGGAUGCCUGCCGAAAGUGGGGGAACGUUGCGGUGGGAAAGGUGGCGUUUGAGAAAUUGACGAGGCUGGAGAGAACAUCUUCAGGAGCACCAACAGCAGCCUACGAUUUGAUGGCAAGUCUCUUCGUAGCUUCGAACUAGUUGCUGAGACUCGUCAAGCCAGACGUUUUUGUUUUUCCUCCGGAAAGGCGUUGGAGUUGCACGGCACGGCCAACGAAGAGAUGUUUUUUUAUUUUCCUCCGGAAUGCGUUUGAGUUGCACGGGAUUACAUUUACAUUACAUCACGGCAAGGCCAAGCUCUCCAGGGACUUGAAAGUCUUGCAACUGGAGUUUUUUCCGCAUCCUCUUCGUGCUUAAAAGACAACUUGCUGCGCAGAGAAAAAAAAAACUUUUCUUUGGCCCCGAAACAACGCACGAAGGAACAGAGCUGUUCU